AGCCAUUCAAAUCGAAAAUGGAGGAGUUCAUUGAGAGCGCAACAAAGACAAUCGAUAAACUCUACAAAGACUUGGAUGAGUCGCGAGAGAUGUUCAUCGAAACGAUGCGCUUCUAUCACUAUACGCCCAAAUCUCGGGCGCUGGAACAAUGCACGCCCGAUCAGUUCUUUGAGUAUUGGACGAACUUCACCAAUGACUUUAAGGACAUUUGGAAGAAGGAGAUUGCCACGUUGUAUGACGACUUGUUACGCAAGUCGAAGCAAAUUCAGACACAAUCACGCAAAAAUGUUAAAACCACAAAACUGAAGCCAGGCGGCCUUAAGGAACGUAUCCUGCGUUUGAGUAAAAAGUAAAACCAAACUACAGCAGCUCAACUUUGUAAUGCGAAAUAAAAUAUAGAGAUUUUAAUAUUUAUUAUGCAGUUUAUGGCAUUUGUUUGAAAUCGUACGAAAAUGCUUUCAUGCAUAACUUUGUUGCUUUAUAGCGUGUUUUCACUAGCUAAUUGAGUAUUAAAUUUUUUGCAAAUACAAACAAACUUUAGCUUACAAGAAAUGCACACACCAAUCGGAACGUACGUACACACUUAUACAUACAUACAUACAUACAUACAUACUUAGAAAGUAGCCUUAUAUUAAAUUUAGCAAAUAGACUA